AUGCAGCAGAGCUUUGACAACCAGGCUGGCGGGGACGGCAUCGUUACUCUCCUGAGCUAUCUGGCUUCCAACCUCUCGGUGAAGUCCAUGGAAGUGACACGCGAAAUGCUCGAGGGUCAAGCAGGCGAAGCUCUUGCCGGCGUCGUGCGUAGGCACGUUGCUCUGAACAAACUGGAGAUCAACGGCUCGACUUUUGCUCAUCCGGAGGCCGUAUUGAAAGCUGCUGUUAAAAGCCCAAGCCUGAAGACGCUGAAUGUCAAUGAAUGCCGCCUCUCAACGAUGGACAUCCACAACAUGGGCGAAGCCCUUUCUAGGCCCCCGCCGUCUCGGGCUAGUGUGCUGGGUGGGGCAUCAGCGUCAGAGCCGCCUACAAGCGUUCUGGAAAAUCUCUCCUUCACGAACUGCAGGAAGGCGAAUGCGGAGGAGCAGGAUUUCAUGUUUCAAGUCACGUUCGCCAUGCUUAUUUCGGGUGGGCUACGCCAACUCUCGCUUAACGACUGCCGUCUGACGUACGUGUUCGCCAUGAUGGCCGCGCGCCAACUGCGUGCUGACAGCCGCCUUCAACACCUGUACGUUCAGAAAAACAAUCUGACCCUCAGCGGGAUCCGUAUGAUGCUCAAGUCUCUGGAGGUCAACACCACACUGGAUGUGCUCGGCAUCGACAUGUGGCACCAUCCCCACCAAUUCGUUGUUUACAAGGUUAUCACAGACUUCAAGCUCUCCUCUCGUCUCGUCUUCAGCUGGGAGAACCCUCUUGGGCUCGAAUUCGUCCGGGGACACGAAUUGUGCUCCUUGAGCUCCGUCUACCUGAAUUUUAACCGGCGGGUACCGGUGGACACCCAGGUUCUUCUGGAUGAACUUAAAAAGUGCACCCGAACAAAACAAGCUGACAUGUACUGCACGGCACGCUCAAAGCAUCCAAUGCCACUACUUCUGGUCAACGCUCUGAGAAAUCUGCAGCACCUCAGGUGUGUAUAUCGCUACUUUCGCUGCGUUAAGAACCGGCCAAUGGCUUCAAUAUUGUUCGAAAGCUGA